AUGCAAGCGCCACAGGCCCCGGUGGGCUGCCCUCCCGGCCUCGAAUACCUCACCAUCCUCGACCGGGUUGUUGUCGAGCAGAAAAUCGAGGUGUUCGAGGUGAUGACGAACUGGGAGACGGCCAACCGCUACGCCAUCCACAACGCCAAUUGGCAACAGGCCUACAUGGCGUUCGAGGAGGACAAGAUGAGCUGCGCCAGGCAGUGCUGCCCGAACAAGCGCGGCUACGUGAUGCACGUCGUUGACAAUUAUGGAAGGGAAGUGAUGCGUAUCACCCGUCCCUUCAAAUGUUGCGCCGACAUGUACUGGGGGAAUGAGACGACCGUCGAGGCGCCGCCCGGAAAUGUGAUUGGACGGGUCGUGGAGGACAUCGGUUCCCUCGGUUGCUGCUCGCACAAAUUUUCCCUGCAUAUGGAUGGGCAGCAGGCGCUGAAAAUCGACGGCCCGCUGGACUGCUGCUGUUGCCGGAUUUGCAAUGUUUGCGGUGAUCAGGUCUUCGAGAUCAAGACGAUGCAGGGCGAAAAGAUUGGCGACAUCCGGAAGAAGUGGACCGGUUUCGCGCAGGAGUACUUCACCGACGCCGACACGUUCACCUGCGAUUUCCCCGUCGACCUGGACGUGCGCAUGAAGGCCACCAUCCUCGCGGCUACUUUCCUAGUGGACUUCAUGUUCUUCGAGGACAACAAU